ACUCGAGUGGAGGGAUGCAAGGAGAUUGGUUGGCCGGCACAUGCACGUUAACACAUUUGUAAACAAAUUGUGCGAUUAGUUUUUCAUUGGUUUUGCAUACGUUCUAUCUGUCGUACAUCACACAAGUGGAUGCCGUUGUCGGUCGUUGGGACUGUGUAAACUUUGUGGUGUUUAAUGAGACGAGCAAUCACGCGUGUUGUCCCUGACGUCUGGAGUCCAGCAGUCUUCCCUGUUUUAAUCGUUUUGAUUGUCAAUUCUCUGCAGAUAGAGGCAAUUAAGAAAAAUUCACUGUUGCCGACUGCUUUCGAAGGAGGCAAACCCGUUCAAGGACGGGAGAAACUGCAAAGAGCGAGUAUUCGGCUGCUAGAAUUUUGUGAAAGGUUCAAAUAGAGCAGAACCUGUUUGAGCCCAUGCAUAAUAAUGCCGCCCCAGCAAGGAGCAACUGGAAAUCAGAGCCAGCCAGUGUCCAAUAAGAAAAUUCGUGCCUUCAAUGCUGAUGUGUUCAUAUGGCGAUUGACUGAACACGAUGGAAAAAGUAGCUGGACACACCAAGAAUUGCAAGCUUUGUACACAAAAGAGGUUGAACCGUUUGGUUACAAAUUCCCAUACCGUCGAAUGCUACUGGAGCUGUGCUACAAGAAGUUUGCUUAUGUGUCUCAGUUAGAAGGCAAUGUUGAAAUUGUCCACGUAAUCCAUGGAAAUAUUUGGAAGUACAUUAAGCAAGUGAAUCCUGAAAAACCUCCUGUCGUUCAGCGCAGUCCACAGAACAAAGAUGUGAAGCAGACGACGCUGAAAUUUGUCAAAUUCCUUGCAACAAACGGAUUGUGCUUUGGUACCUGUGCUGUAAGGGAGUCAAAAUUGUCUGAAAGGUUUCAGUUAAUUUUCCCCACCUCCACUUCAUACUCAAAAGUUCUGGAGCACAUGGUGAAAAGUGGUUUGAUGAAAAGAAAGGGUGAAGAUAUGUACUUAUUUGAUGCCACUCGCACAAGAGCCUAUCUGCAACAAUCAAAGGAUAUCACAACUAAAGUUGCUGCAAAUGGAGUUGCUGCAGGAGGAAUGAAACAUUCACAACCAAUAGCUACUGCACAUUCAAAUGGAAAGGAUGAAGUGGAGGAUACUGCCCAUGCAUUCCUUAAGUAUCUAUCAAAUUGGGGUGUUGAAAGUGCUUCCCCAAUUAGUGAAGAAAAGCUCCGAGAGAAGUUUAUGGCAGGAAUAAAGAAUAGCUCAGAACAACUGUACACCUUUGUGCUGGCUUAUCUGCUGGCAAAUAAAAUUGCUGAACACUUUGGUUCAACUAGAAUCAAGUUUAACAAGCAGCGGGUGAGAAACAUUGUUGAUCAACAACAGCCACCACAGCAGAAACCAAUACUUGCUGCACCUGUGUUACGACUGCCUAUAAUCCAGAAACCUAUAUUAGCUCCACCAUUUUCACAACAGCAACCACAGCAGAAACCUCUACUAACUCAACCAGUUCAAUAUCCACCAAGUAAUCAGCUGGUACCUUCCCAACCUAACGGAACAUCAUUUAAUGGUUUUACAAACUUCCAAGCCUCUAGACAGCAACAGAAGACAGGAAGACAAAGAUUCAAUAAUGCACAGAAGGGCAUGAGCAGAACUGUGGCUAAUCUGAUGCGAGACAAUGGUCUUCUCCCUGGUUCCAAACGUUUCGAGUGGAGCGUAGUUACUGGGGAAUAUGUGAAUGACAAUCGCAAGACUUUUAUUGAUCAGCGAAGGGCAUUCAGUGUUGGGAACCUUUUCAAUCAACCAGAGAUAUACUACCCUCAGGACAUGGACUAUUGUUCCGAAUGCGCUUCGUCAUUUGCAAAUAGUGAAGACUUGGAGAACCACUUGGAUACUGACAUGCACAAAUUCAUGACCAUCUACUCAAAAACAAGAGGGAAAAGUGAUGGAGCUGGUUUACCUGAUGAGUUGAGUGGAAAACGUCAAAGUAUUGUCAUUCAGAGCUCGGCAGAAAAUGAAGGGCGAGAAACUUUAAGCUUCCAUAUUGUGCUGGAAUCAGAGGAACCCUUGAAAAGGGACAUCUACUUGGAAUUGCUUUACCAUCCUUCUGAGGAGAGUGGCUUAAAUUGUCAUCUUUUGGAGACAUUUUAUGUCGUUGGAGAUGAAGACAUUCUCUCUGUAGAUGAAAAGAGUGCUAUUGUGCUUGAGAAAGGAGUUCCUUCAAUGAAGAGUUUCGUCCUUGAUUGCAUUUACCCUGGUUUCUUAGAAUAUGUGAUUGCUUUCAAGUUCUGCUUCAUAAAUGAGGAGGGUGAUCUUGUUGAAGAGUUCUUUGUUAUGAAGAAGAUGAACAUUAAAAUUGGAUACUCAUAUACUGAGGAAACUUCCGAGAUCAGUGGUACACCUAGAAGACAGAAGUUCCACAUGGUUGAUGAAGAAGACUACAACAUCAUCGAACCUCCUCUCAUAGAAGAAGCAGAGUUUCCUCCUCUUCCCAGAUCUUCACUAAAAGUUGUCCACAGACUGGAGGACUAUCCUUUGCCAUGGCGUCAUAUCAGCUACUUCAACUAUGGAUUUAACAUUGGCCCUGACCCCUGGCUUGAAACUCUCAAGAAGAAACUAAAGAUUUUGGAGUGCCUUUUAGGCGGAGCAGUUGUAAAUAAUUAUACCCCAUUCUUCAAGCUCUUGCUUUUCUUGGAGGAACAUCAAAUUCUGUGUGACUUGAGGAAAUAUGCUUUGGAAGAUGCAACUCUGCAGCAUAUUGGCACCUCAAGGAAUUUCUACCUACAAGUACCUGGUCUUGCUGAAAAUCGUCCUUCGGUACUUGUUUGUGAUGCAAUUUACAUCACCACUAGUUUGGGAGUGUACAAGGGGUUUGUUAACUUGGUUGAGCAGCACCGCAUCAGAUUUGGAAUGGGUCCUAGCUUUGUUCAAGACUUUCAUCCGGACUUAAAAGUUUCGGUCCAUUUCUCCUUCAACAGGACGUGCCUGAAGGUACAGCACAGGGCGCUGGAAUUGAUGAGGGACACUCAGCAAUUGCCACAAACUUUGUUCCCACGUACUUGUGAAUCAUUCAAGGAAGAAAUCAACAUCAUUGAUUGGUUUAACACUCGUAUCAGCCAAAAUCCCAUGCAGCGGCAAGCUGUGCAAAACAUUGUGAAUGGGACGUCCAUGCCAGCACCCUAUUUGAUCUUUGGGCCUCCAGGUACAGGCAAGACGGUGACUCUUGUUGAAGCAAUGAAGCAAGUUUACUUGCUCAAAAGUGGCUCUCACAUCUUGGCUGUUGCUCCCUCCAACUGGGCUGCAGAUUUGCUGGCCUUAAAACUCCUGGAAUCCGUGCCAGCCAGCAAACUGAUCCGCUUGUACAGUCCUAGCGUUAAAUACUCUAAAGUUCCUCAGAAAUUGAGACCAGUUUCCAAUUACCAGGACGAAUCGUGCCACUUUCCAGCACUCAACUACUUGUUGCAGUUCAGGGUUGUUGUUAUGACAAUGAUUAGCGCUGGAAGACUGUACAGUGGAAACUUCCAGCCUGGACACUUCACUCACAUCUUCAUCGAUGAGUGUGGGCAUGGAAUGGAGCCAAGUGCACUUGUGCCUAUUGCUGGGCUUCAAGGCUAUCGCCACAGGCCUAGUCAGAUUGUGAUCUCUGGUGAUCCUAAACAGUUGGGUCCAAUCGUCCAUUCCCCUGUAGCUAUAGCAAUGGGUCUAGGGGACUCAUUGCUGGUGAGAUUGAUGGACUCAGUUGAUUUGUACCAAAAGACUGAAGGUAGCUACAAUGCUAGCGUCCUCACAAAGCUAACCUACAAUUACCGAUCUCAUCCGCAAAUCCUGAAGGUGCCUAAUGACCUCUUCUACGAGGGAGAGUUGCUUCCAUGUGGUGAUAUCAAGAAAAUUGCUUCAGCCUGUGGUCUAACAUGGCUGCCUAAUAGUGAAUUUCCCCUGGUUUUCCAUGGCAUCAAUGGAAGGGAUGAGCAGAGCCCACAAUCACCCAGCUACUUCAAUGUGGCUGAAGUCCACGAAGUGGUCAAAUAUGUGAAGAAGAUAAUGGCCUCAGAGUUCAACGGUGUGAUGCUGAGCCAAAACGAAAUUGGUGUGGUGAGCCCAUACCGUGGCCAGCUCAAUAAACUGAACAGAGCUUUGGCUUGUGCUGGCUUUCCUGACGUCUGUGUUGGAUCUGUUGAGGAAUUCCAAGGCCAGGAAAGGAGAGUCAUCAUCAUUUCGACUGUCAGAUCAAACCCUGCCCAACUCAAAUUGGACCACAAAUUCAAUCUCGGAUUUGUGCGCGAACCAAGGAGGUUCAAUGUUGCUGUAACCAGGGCCAGUGCUCUUUUGAUCAUCGUUGGAAACCCACACCUCUUGCAGACUGACAAAAACUGGCGUGCUCUCUUGGAACACAUCUACAUUCAUGGUGGAUACACGCACACUAACUGCCCCUUCAAGUUGGGACCACCCGUCCAGGUCGAUUUUCGAGCUCCUGAUGAAAAUCUGUCAGCCAUCAGAGGCAAAUUGGAGCAACUCCAGCAGAAGCUUAAGGACAAGAUUUCCGAAAUGGAGUCUGCCGGAGAUGAUGGCACCUCAAAUGCAGUUCCUAAAAAUGAAGAUUCCUAUGUUGAAGAGCUGCUCGUCCAAAUCAGGAAGCUCAACUUCUUUACAGAGGACGGUCCUGCUGGUUAUCCUGGAGACUAGUAACUCGUGAGUACACGACCAAACCAAUAAGCUAAUUAUAUGAGGGAAAAACAAUGAAGCAUUAUUUACUCUUAUUAAUGUAACAAGAAGUACAGAUAAUGAAUCAAGACAUUAUUUCAAAAUAUUUUCCGUGGAGCUAUAUAUUUUUAUACCAUUUAACUUUUUAAAAGCUCUAGCAUGAUGCUGAUAAUUAACAAGAAUUUCUUGAUUUCAAUGAAUUUCCUUUAUCGUGAUCUGCUUUUAAUUUAAUGAUUAAUCUUGGCUAACUUGGCCAUGAAAUAAAAUAAAUAAACAAACCACCAUAAAAUUAUAUGAUAUUGACAAAAAUGCAUUACUACUGUGCUGUUUUAUGGAACAAUAAAUUGUAAGAUUACAUUGAAUCAUU